AUGGCAUUUUUGGUUGAAGUUUUAAGUUAAGGACAUAUUGAAAAUCGAUACGAUAUGAUUGGUUAAAUUAUAAAAAAUGAAUAAAACAUAUGUUAUACGAAUAGCUCUUAGGUUAAAAUGACUUUAAAGCAGUAUAAGGACAUUCUAUUUUAUGACUCUAUUGUUCGACCUUAAAAUGAUUCUAUAAAAUAUUUGCAGUAUAACUCUUACUUGAACGCUAGAAAUGUCACUAUUACUACAGUAUAAUUUUCUAAACUUAUGAACUGCUCUUACGAUUAUUUUGGAUGUGAUGAACAUACGCUGAGCCUAGUAGGAUUUCUAAUGAUAGAGAUGUAUUUUACACAAACGGCACUAAUACAUUCUCAAAAGUCUGAAUUCCUGAACCAUAUAGAGCAAAUUUACAGUCAUUUAAACAAAUUUGAAUUAGUUAGAUAAGAUCCUCGAUAAUACCCUUUAGCCUCGAUAGUUAUGGCUAGUCAUAAUAGAGAUUACUAUCUAAUGAAAUCAAUUCAGCAUGUAUUUUUAUAGACUUAUGUAAAUUGGGAAUUACUUAUCUCAGAUGACGGUUCAAGCAACCCAAAGACAUUAUAAAUUCUUCAGUUAAUUGAGAAUCAUCCAAGAAUCAAAGUAUUUUUUCUUCAUACAAAUUAAUAUGCAGUUUUUGCAUUAAAUCAUGCAAUUACAUAGAUAAGAGGAGAGUAUCUUUCUAUUUAAGAUGAUGAUGAUAUUAUGCUCCCAUAUAGAUUGAAUUACUAAAUUGAUUUUCUAAAAAGAAAUCCCAAUUAUGAAGUUUGUGGAUCACCUCAUUAUAAUAUUGAUGAAAUCGGGUAGCUGAGAGGUUAUGGAAGAUAUAUGUUUAAAAACUUUGCUGUGAUAAAGUUUAUUUAUAUGAUAGCAAACUACUUCCCCCAUAGUACGUUUACAGUUAGGUUAACUCCUAGAAUGAAAAAACACUUUUUUUACAAUCAUUAGACAGCUUAUGAUUAUUCUCUUUGGUUCAAACUUUUAUUUGAUCUAGAUGAAGAUGUCAGAUUUGCUAGCUUACCAAAUUAUGUAUCUGGAUCUAGAAUUCAUGAAUAACGGAUGACAAAUGAUAAUUUUGAAACAAACCACUAUGCAAAAUGGAUUCCAAUAAAAUAAAUCGAAAUACUUGAAAAGCUUAUUCCUGACAUUUUUGAAAAUGUGAAUUUCAAAUGCUUUGAAAGAACAAUGGUUACAGAAGAAUAGUUUGAAUAAUAUUAAACAAAUCUAGAUGCUGGAAUAGCUUAUUAAUUCACAAAACUUCUAAUAUCGAAAAGCAUUUGUUAUCAUGAGGAUAUCAUUCUUACAAACUCACUUGAAAUUAUAAAUCCCUAAUAAUUGUUGAGAUUUCAAAAGCUGAAUUCAGAUUUAGGAAUUUUCGGAUUAAGACCACUUUCCGCACUUGAUCAGCAAAAUGUGACGUAAUAUUCAAAAUCUAAAAUCAUGUAAUAUCGAUUAUUUGAGAAAUUCGGCUAUUAAAAAGCAAGAGAUUUUGUGAUAGAUCCUGACAUAUAUAAAUAAUUGAAUAAACCAGCAUUCGAGGAUAAAAUAUAAACUUUGCUUUUUAAUGAAAACUACCUUAAUGUAUAGACUUUGAAAGAUGCUGGUAUAUAUAUUGAUAAUAAUGAUUGCAGAAGUUAAUUUUAAAGUGAAGAGUCAUUUUAUAUCAAGCAAGACAUUUCUAAGAUGACAUAAGCUGAAAAAAGAAAAUUAUAAUAUUUUUUCUUCAAAAUCAAAGAUGAACUUAAAUCAAUCUGCUAUUACAAAUACAAAAAACUCUACGAACAAUUAUUUAAUGAGCUUUGA